AUGCAUAUCAUAAUAUGUAUAGAUCGAUCUGCACUUUUCCACACACAAAUCCCUGGAGAAAAAAUCUGGGUCAAGGCCUGCGGCGGCGGCUUGCGAGAGGCCACUGCGUUUCGCUACUACUCCGAGCCGCUGUUAGUGGGUGAUGCCGCAGGACAGGUGAAAGGCUAUCCUUUACCACGAACUGCGAGUCGAUAUUCCGUGGACAGCAACUGCGGCUUGCUGGGCGUGAAUCUCACAAUUGAUGGCAAUACAGGUGAGUUGCGAUUGGUGCCAGGUUGUAGCUCAGUGGGUUGUGGUCAUAUGAUCAGCGAUUUUAUGAUCACCUGCACGAUCACAGCGCAUGAAGGCUCGCUGGAAGCAUCAACGCAGAUGAUGAUCACAGGAUCCCGCUUCAUGGUCUGGCAAAAUUCAGUGCUGCUUGUGCCCCCUGGCCUCACACAAUCGUUUCCCUCGCGCUCGGUGUGCGACUGGGGCCAAACAUCAACAUCAAGCCCUGUACAAUACAGCGCAAUGCCAUGUUUGCUGGAAAUGGUGUGUGUUCCUCUCAGUACCAGCUGGCUCCAGCUCCAGAACAAUGGCGGCCUCACCGUGUCCAACGACGCUCCCGCGGCGUCUGAGAUCCCGGGGCUCACGGCGUUGAACAACUUGGAAGGCUUGGAGGUAUCCAGUGGGAGUCUCUGCACGGUGCGCAACGUGACCAACGGCACGGCGAGUCCGGCGAGUCCGGCGCCAGCCGCAGCCUCGGUGCUGGCGCUGGUGCCGCAGGCGUGGAGCUCCAUAAAGUAUGGCUAUGAAACCGUGUCCGUGGAUCUAAACACCACCUUACAGCCGGCUUUGGAGCCAAAGGAUGGUGGUGCCCAUCCGGGCCGGGUGGCGCCCAUGCGCUUCUCUGCGUCAUGUGUCACGGACGUCUCCACCGUGUCAGUGGACUUCGAUGAGCUGACCGGGCUGGCGACGGCGCAAGGUUAUCGGAUUUUUCACCUGGACGUCCGUCAUGGCGUGCUGCAAAUCUCUCCAGAGGCGAAUUUGUCGCACCUCUUUGAUCAAAUCCAACUGAACCGCGUCAGGGCAGGCAUCCACGUGUCCUGCAGUAUUCUGGGACACUUCGGGUGGCAGGUGGGCGUUCCGGUUCCACCCAUCAAGGGCACGAUCAAGAUUUUGGUUCAAGACUCCACUUGCUGGAUUGAGCCCGAGGAGAGCCAGUACGGAUGGCAGCAGAUCAAGUCCUUCUCUGCCUCCGCAGAGGAAUGCAGAAAGGCCUGUCGUGCAGAUGGGCUUUGUGGUGUGUACAGCGUGGAUGCGGGGUGCAAGUUCUUAGCACCGUGCGGGCCACAUCCAGUGAAGGAGUGCACCACUUACACCAAAGUGGCUGAGAAAGUUACCAACUGUGGCCUGGGGUACCUUGAUACUGACCUCACGUCGUGA